AAACACAUCGAGACACGCUUCCUGAAGGUGGAUGUGGAGCAAGUCCCCUUUUUGGUGACACGCCUCGAGAUUCGCGUCUUGCCGUGUGUGAUUCCAUUUGUCAAGGGAAUUGGCAAGACGCGCAUCUUGGGCUUUGAGGGACUCGGUGGGGAUGCGUUCCGGACGGGGACGCUGGAGCUGGUGCUGCAGCGUGCAGGUGUGCUUCAGGGACUGCGCGGGGAUGCGGCAUUGGAGGAGGGCAAGCGGUCAAUCAUGGGUUAUGCAGAGCGGGAGGAGGAGUAUGACAGUGACGAGUGAGCGAGGCCAUGGCUAUGGAUAUGGUCGUAAAUACCUGGCUACGGUCAUGGAUUUGGUGGAUGAUCCUGGACUUGAACUUCAACGCGCCAGCACAACACAUCCAGGACAACACACCAGAUACAUCUACCUAGCGCUAGCUCAGUCUUAGCCAUAUACUAGCAAGCAGCUCGCUAGACACUCAAGAUGGCGACCACAACGCAAACCACUGUCACCGUUGAAACGGCACACGGCGACAUGAUCCACGACUGUGUCCUCGAUUACUACGGCAAACGCCUCGCGACGUGCUCCUCCGACAAGACCAUCAAGAUCUUUGAAAUCAUCCCUCCCACAACGGCUGGUGGUCAAGCACAGCAUCAACUCCUCCAGACGCUGCGUGGGCAUGAAGGACCCGUCUGGCAAGUCGCUUGGGCACACCCUAAAUUCGGGACACUCCUAGCGAGUGCCGGGUAUGAUGGUAAGAUCUUCAUCUGGCGUGAACAAUCUGGACAAUGGUCCAAACUCGCGGAACACCAUCUCCAUGCGGCAUCUGUGAAUAGCGUUGCUUGGUCGCCGCAUGAACAAGGCGCCGUAUUGGCAUGCGCUAGUAGUGAUGGGAAAGUGUCCUUGCUUGAAUUCAAGGAAGACGGAUCGUGGGAUACACGCACACUGGCUGCUCAUGCUAUUGGUUGUAAUGCAGCGAGUUGGGCACCUGCACAAACUGCAGGAUCCCUCGUCUCCACCAUCAAACCAGCCGGUGCGGAAGAAACCAGGCGAUUCGUCUCUGGUGGGUGCGACAAUCUCGCCAAGAUUUGGAAGUUUGAUGCAGCAUCCGCAACGUAUGUGGUGGAAACGACACUCGAGGGACACACCGACUGGGUGCGUGAUGUCGCUUGGGCGCCCAGUAUCGGUCUCCCGAAAAACAUCAUUGCAACGGCAGGACAAGAUCGCAUGGUUUACUUAUUCACGCAGGCACAGGGACAAACCAAUUGGCAACGCCAACCACUGCAGGAAGAACCCUUUGCCGAUGUCGUGUGGCGCGUGAGCUGGUCAGAGUCUGGUGGUUUACUUGCAGUUUCGUGCGGCAAUGGCAAGAUUUACGUGUACAAGGAGACAGUCUCUGGAUGGGAGGAAGUCAAGCAGAUUGCUUCAUAAGGCCUUU